AUGGAGAGUAGAUAUAUUAAUAUUUGUGGGUUGAAAGCAUUAAAGGCAUUAAAUAUGAAAAAAGAAGCACCUCUAGAUCGUAUUCAGGAAGAAAUAAAAGAAAAUCUUUCCAAGUUGAAGUAUAAGCUUGAACAUCCUUUAUCAGAGGCGGAUGUAAAUCUUUAUGGCUCUCUCAAACAAAAUUUGGCAAAUAUUACCUCUUCAUACCUCAUAUGGAAAGAUUCUGAAGUAAGCAUGGUUCUGAGUGAUGACUCUGAUAUUGUAAAAAAUUUGGGACAUAGACAGAAAAAUAUCUUCAUAGAACCAUGUGAAAAUAUGAAGUGUGAACUCCCUGAUUCAGUUGUGGUUAAGUGUGAUAGAUUUGUAAAAGAUUUCAAUAAUUCCAGCGUAUCUAGAAUUAUGAGGAAUAAAUUUCAUGAUAAAAGAUGGAAAGAAAGUGAAACUGAACUAGUAAAAGUAGUGGAACGUAUUUUAGGUACACUUGGUGAAAUAUGGAUUAAUCCUGCAUUUAUGACUAGCACAUCCCGUACAAGUUUAAGUAGGCUUCCUAAUGGCAGUAUCUGCUUGAGUACGGCAGAACGCCAAAGUUUAGCAAGCAAAACUCGAUGA